AUUUCUCCAUCCUCCCUGCUGACGUCCGACUUCCGCAUUCCUCGCUUUUCCCGAUCGGGGGGAUCAGGGAUCAGAGCUGAUGCAACGAUUCCCGCUUUUUAAGAUAUACUCGCGACCUCAGGCUGACGUCACAAAGGGACUCCACUCGCUCACCUCGAGGCCGAAGUCAGCUGUGGUCGCGGGUGUUUGUGACAUGAUGCCCGGUCAGAUCCCGGACCCCUCAGUGACGGCGGGCUCUCUGCCCAGUUUGGGCCCUCUAGCGGGCAUUUCUGCCACCACACUCUCUGAACACCUGAAAUAUGCAGACCUCUGCCACAUUGGGGCCAUGCUGUCCCCUUUACAUCUACUGGGAAAACUGGGCAAGCGGACACUUCCGAUCAAAGCUGAGAAAGAUGAAGAGGAAGAGCGGAGGAAAAGAAGACGAGAGAAAAACAAAGUGGCGGCAGCCAGAUGUCGAAACAAAAAGAAAGAGCGGACCGAGUAUCUACAGAAGGAGUCGGAGCGCCUGGAGAUGAUGAACUCGGAGCUGAAAGCACAGAUCGAGGAGCUGAAGCACGAGCGGCAGCAGCUCAUACUGAUGCUCAAUCGCCACCGGCCCACCUGCAUCGUGAGGACGGACAGCGUCAAGACCCCCGAGAAAGAGGCCAAUCCGCUCCUGGAGCAGGCGGAGGCCAAAUGAGGAAAACCACACAUUUCACAUCACUGUUUACAGGUUAGCUCGUCUCCGGCUAGCUCAAGCACUUGGCUCGAAGCACUUGGACAUUUUAGGCUAGAGCGAAUGGCGUCCUCUGACCUGUGAGGUCGGAGAUCUGAGACUCAACAAAACAAAAACACAGCGGCGGAUGGCUUUGUCAAACUGGGGCUGUGCGUUGGCAGUUACAGAACUUUUCAGG